AUGCUUACAAGUACAUGUGACGACGAGAAGAAAGUUCCCAUCACGCAGCAGGUCGGCAGCGAAAAUGUCGACUAUCACCACCACCAACAACAAGGGGUUUCUCUACAGGACGAAGAAGAAGACAAAGCAGCCGAGAAACGAGUCCUACGCAAGAUUGAUUUGAUUGUUCUACCUAUGAUGUGUCUCGUCUUCUUCACACAAUACCUCGACAAACAAUCCCUCUCCUACGCAUCCGUCUACGGUCUCCUCACCGAUCUCCAUCUCAGCUCGCAUCAAUUCAGCUGGCUCACGAGCUGCUUCUAUCUCGCCCAACUCGCUUCCGAAGGGCCCUUUAUUUAUCUCAUGAGUCGCUUCCCCAUUGCCAAAUUUGUGGCGCUCACCGUCAUUGUAUGGGGUGGUGUGUGCAUGUGUUUGGCUGCGCCGCAGAAUUUUGCCGGGUUUGCUGCUGUGCGCUGUCUCCUGGGGUUUGCAGAGGGCGCGGUGAGUCCGGCGUUUAUUACUAUUACGUCGAUUUGGUAUAAAAAGGAUGAACAUCCUUUGCGGGUGGGCAUGUGGGUAACAUGCAACGGACUGGCCCAAAUCGUCGGCUCCUUAAUGAUGUAUGGAAUCGGCGAACAUCUCAACCAUCUCAGUCUCGCGCCCUGGCGAAUCAUGUUCCUCGUCUGCGGCGCCAUCACCAUUUUCGCAGGAAUUCUCUUCUUCUGCGCCAUGCCCUCAGGCCCGGACACAGCCUGGUUCCUCACGCCCUCCGAACGCAAAAUCGCCUCCCAAAGACUCUUCUCCCAACACGACGGCGGCGACAAAACUUCUUUUUCCCUGCAACAAUUCUCCGAAGCCUUUUUCGACUGCAAAACUUUCCACGUCUUCCUCUUCGGUCUCCUCGUCACUUUUAGCUCUCCCGUCCUCACAUUCGCGAGUCUCGUCAUUAAAAAUCUCGGCUACACUCCCUCGCAAACUCUCCUCUACGGCUCUCCCUCGGGAGCCAUCCAAAUCCUCUUCAUCUGGCUCGGAAUCGCAGGCUGCAUACAAUUCCCUCAGCGCCGCAAUCUCAUCGUUCUCCUCCUCUGCAUCGUCCCCUUGACGGGUUGUAUCCUCCUCACCAUUCUCCCUCCAUUAUCCAGCGGCUGGGGAAUCAUCAUCGCGAGUUGGCUCGCAUCAGUCAUUAGUUCGCAAUUCAGUAUUCUCAUGUCAUUAUCCGCGAGUAAUGUACGAGGAAAUACGAAAAAAGCUUGCGUCAAUGCCGUGUUUUUUGUCGGGUAUAGUACGGGGUGUAUUGCGGCGCCGCAGUUGUGGACGCAGCCGCCGAGAUAUCGCGCUGGUGUGAUUUGUGCGCUGGUGGAUUGGGGUUUGGUGUAUUUGGUUGUGCCGAGUUAUUGGUAUUUGUGUUGGAGAGAUAAUCGGCAGAGGGAACGAGAGGGGGGAGAUGGGAAUGGAGGAGGGUUUGAGGAGGGUGCGGAUCGGACUGAUAAGGAGGAUCGGUCGUUUCGGUAUACGACGUAGAUAUAU